AUUGAGAAAAUUAGUCAUGUUAUUUUUUUUUGUUCCCUGGUAGUCACCUCCAGCACAUGAAACCAGGAAAUGAUACACAUAUUUCAGAAUUUUUUCUUCUGGGAUUUUCAGAGGGUCUAGAACUGCAGCCCCUCAUAUUUGGGCUUUUCCUCUCCAUGUACCUGAUCACUGUGUUUGGGAACCUGCUCAUCAUCCUGGCCGUCAGCUCUGACUCCCACCUCCACACCCCCAUGUACUUCUUCCUGGCCAACCUGUCCUUUGUAGACAUCUGCUUCACCUCUACCAGUGUCCCAAAGAUGCUGGUGAACAUCCAGACUCAGAAUAAAGUCAUAACUUAUGCAGACUGCAUCACACAGAUGUACUUUUUCCUACUCUUUGCUGGAUUGGACAACUUUCUACUCUCUGUGAUGGCUUAUGACCGAUUUGUGGCCAUCUGUCACCCUUUGCACUACACGAUCAUCAUGAAACCCAUCUUCUGUGGACUGCUUGUUCUGGUGUCCUGGAUCUCGGUUGUCUCCUUAUUUUAUUGUACGGGUCUGGGAGUGUACCUUAGCUCUGCUGCUACCCAGAGCUCCCACUCAAGUGCCACAGCCUCGGUGAUGUACACGGUGGUCACGCCCAUGCUGAACCCCUUCAUCUACAGCCUGAGGAACAGAGACAUAAAGAGGGCUCUGAAAAGAAUCGUUGGGGUUCCAGCAAUGCAUGGGACAAUCAUCCUGAGGCUAAAGACGUGCCCAUGAUUGCAGGGCUCAAAGCUUCAGAGCCAAGAACUGCUGUUCCUGGAUCAGACGGUGGAAGUAAAUUUCUGCUCCUUCUAUUUAUUUCCUGGAAUUUCCAUUUGUUUGUAUUCAACUUGUCUGUACAUUUACGUAACUCACUUUAUUAAGCUUUCUGCUGAUACGUAGACAGUUUCUCCUUUGUCCAUUUUCAUUGAUCCCCUGUGUUUUCUGCAAUCUUGGACCACAAAUACCUAGAAAUUUCUGUAUCUUACAUUGGGCAAGUUGGAUUUCCUAAAAACAAUUUCUUUCAAAUGACUUAUACCAUGCCAAGUAAACUCCCCUAGAUUUUCCAUGAGCAUCGUCAUGAGUUAUAUUCUUCAUAUGGAAUAAAGCUAUG